GGGGUCCUCUGUCCCAUCGUCUCUUAUAACAGGAAGAUUGAAGUCGAAGGUGGUUGGUCAAGAUGCCAGAAGGGAUGGCGGACGGUGGGAGGAAGCUCGUGACUCUCGAUGACCUCAUCGAUGCCCUGGACAAGCGCGAAAGGGCGCCGAGCAAUGUCCCAAAGGUCGAGACUUUUCACUUCAAGGGGGACAAGGUGUCCGACUUGUUGGAUCUGACAGAACAGGCGCUGGUGGGACUGUCAGAUGAGGUUAAGCUCCAGUGGGUCCUGAGGUAUGUCCUGCAUAGCCACCAUCGGGAAGUAACUAAGGUCGUGGAUGCCGUCGGGGGCAGUUGGGCAAAGUUUGGGGAUCUAAUGCGAAGGAAGUACAGGCUGGGGGACGGCCUGUUGACCAUGACCGACUUGGAGGCCAUGAAUAAGGAAGAUUUCUUCACCAUUGGGGUGUUUGUGCACGAAUUUAAGAAAAAGGCGAGGAAAGUGCACGGGAUUUCUGAGGAGGCGCARUGCGCCACAUUUUUGGGGCUGCUCACGGGCUCGGAAGCCACAGAGCUGACCAAGUAUGGGAAAGGGAGCGAGAGGCUCACCUGGGCAACCAUUGACAAGGGAGUGGAAGAAGGGAGUCUAGACCAGGUGGAGCAGCACCAAAUGAGGCUGCAAAGGCGYAAGAGGAAGGAGAGGGAUGCUACCGCAUCUGGGACCCCAGGGGUAAAGAGAAUUGUCACGGACGUGUUGGCGGCGCUGGGGUAUGAUAACGAAGCAGAGAUACAGAAAAGAGGGGUGCCAUUGGCCCAAGGCCGGGCGGAUAUAUACGACCGGUGGGGAAAGCACAUUGAUCCCAAGACCCCGGGAGGAAUCAGGCAGGAAGCCCUCAGGCGGGCAACGGCAGGGCCUCCAGCGGCCCCAGCAAUGUUCAGGAUAUGGCAGGAAAGGCAAGACCCCGGCAUAAGAGUCAAGGAGAUUGUGGGUGAAAAUGAGGAAGUGACUCAGCGGUUGAAGGCGGGGGCCAUAAAGGAGGAGCCCAUAGUUGUUGAGUCCGACGAAGAGGCCGAGGAAGUGGUGGGAGAAUCAGCCUCGACCAUCCUGGAGAGGAUGGAGGACCUGCUUGCAAAGGUCGACAGGUAUCAGGAACGACUAAGGGCAAUGUGUGAAAAGGCCCGGGAAUGGGAAAUGAGCCUUCCCGAGGUGAUGCUCUAUGGGUCAGGUCCGGAGUCGUCAUCAGGACCGCAAGGAUGUCCAAGCGUGGCGACGGUGAGGGACCGGCCGAGCAUUGCAAUGGUGGACACGGGCGUGGAGAUGAAUAUCAUCCGGGAGCGGGACGCGGCGAUGUUAGGGUUGGAAGUUGACCAUUCGGACCAUGGCGUGUUGCAUGGCGCCAACUGCAAGGCCAUUUUUUGCGGCACCGCGUCUAAUGUGAUGGUAGAGAUUGGGAGAGUAAGGGCGCGGACGUGCUUCUUCGUCAUGCCCGACGUCGACCACCCUAUUCUUCUGGGGAGGUCGUUCCUCUGCCGAACGGAGACCCUGGUCUUCAACAGGCAUGAAGGGACGAUGAUCCUGGCUCUAUCUGAUCCGGCUUGCGGAAACUAUGAAAUCAUCAAGUGCCGGAACACAGGGCCCGAAAGCGGAAGGAACAGGCUCAACCUCGGCUCCUUUACCUUUGAGGAGUCUGAGUACGCGCGACGGAGACUCCGGGAGGAGCAGGAGGAGGAAGGAGCAGGCGAGGUGUUGUCCUUGAGCCUUAACGAUGUGAAUAAGGCAAUGGAGGUGGUGGCGGCACAUGAUAUGGUAGACCCCGAGGCCAUAAAGGCGUUGAGAGAGCAGGUAGGGCCGUCCCGCAUCAAUGAUGAGAAUGAGGAAGGGCUGAUAAUUGACGAGUCUGGCUUCCUUUCUCCCCAGGAACGGGCCUUGAUGGUGGAGACCAUGAAGAGGAGGCAUUGCGCGUAUGCGUUUAAUGAUGACGAGCGUGGGAGGUUGGACGUGGAUAAGAUCCCAAUGAUACGAAUCCAUAUCGUCUCACACGAGCCGUGGAACCUGAGGGGCGCGCGGUACCCGAAUCCGGAUAAGGAAAAGAGGGUGGUGGAUUACUUGGAUGGGAAGAUGAGGACGUACGUGGCGGAUUACUCCAGUGGACCAUAUGCUUCCCCCUGGUUUUGUUUUAUCAAGCCGAAUGGAACGUUGCGGUGGGUGCAGGAUCUGCAACGAUUGAAUGCAGUGACGGUGCGGGACGCGGGAGGAUUGCCGAACGCAGACGCCCUGUCAGAGUCAUGCGCGGGGAGGCCUAUAAUCUCACUUAUAGACCUUUAUUCUGGGUAUGACCAGUUUCCUGUGUACCCACCGGAUAGGCCGGUGACGGCGAUGCAUAGGCCAAGGGGGCUGAUCCACAUGAACGUGGCACCUCAGGGGUGGACUAAUGCGGUGGCAAUGGUGCAAAGGCACAUGAUUAGGGUCAUGCAGAUGGUUAGUCCACAUAUCACUCAGCCCUACAUUGACGAUUUGGCGGUCAAGGACCCAAAGGAGAAGGAGGAAGACGAAGUGAUGCCAGGAGUGAGACGGUUUGUCUGGAAGCACGUCCGGGAUAUCGAUCAGGUUCUGGGCCUGCUGGAAGAGCACAACCUGACGGCGAGCGGCCCCAAGUCGAAGCAUUGCAUGAGGGAGGCCACAAUUCUGGGCUUUGUCUGCAACGAGAAGGGGCGGAGGCCAGAUGUGAAAAAGACGGACAAGAUCCGGGAGUGGCCAGUCCCCUUCCAGUCGAUAACGGACGUGAGGAGCUUCCUUGGGACCUGCGGGUUUUGGAGGAGUUUUGUGAAGGACUUCGCCACCAAGACGGAGCAGUUAAGGAAGCUGGUGCGUCAGGAUCAGGAAUGGGUCUGGGGCGAAGACCAGGAAAAGGUUGUGGAAGGGAUGCAGAGAGAAUUCAAGGAAGAGGGUUUGGUGUUGGGAGUGCCAAACUAUGAGGCUACGGAGGAGAAGCCAUUCAUUUUUAAGAAGGAGACGUUGGCGGUACUCCAUUGCCUAAGGACCUUCCGGAACUACAUCUUUGGCACGAGGCUCAUUUUGAGGGUGGACCCUACCGCACUGGCGUGUUCCCUGAAAAGUUACACUCCAUCUGACCCAACCAUCGCGAGGUGGUUGACUUACAUUUGGAUGUUUAACUUUGAGUUGGAGAGGAUUCCCGGGGACAAGAACAGGGCAGAUGGAUUGAGCCGUACCAACUGGGACGGCGCAAAUCAAGAAUCAAUUGAGGAUACCCCACUAGUUGAUGGGUUCUUGGACCAGGAGGAGGACGUCCGCCUCCACAUAAAUGAGUGGUCGCUGAGGGUGCCGAGCUGCGUCACGCAUCCUAUAUGGCUAGCACCAAGGGGGUAUGAGCAGAAAGAGGAGUUGGUCCUCAAGCCCUUCCAGGAAGAAGAUCCGUGGGGGAGUAGGGAUGUUGCCUGGAUGAUGAGGUUGGCAUUGGCAGGGACACAUAGCCUAGCGGAGGAGGUAAGGACGAUAGAGGAAGGCCCGACCCAGGAAAAGGAGCAUGAGCAGCUAAUGGGAGGAAUAUACUUGCUCACCAACACACUCCUGCAAGGGAAGUUUGAUCAGAGGAGCGCAACCAGCUCGGAGGAGGGCGAACUUCUCAUUCCUGAAAGCCAGGACGACGAGUUCGAAGAGGGAGAGAUUAGGGAGGUCUUCCGUGCUGAGGAGUAUGACGGAAUUUAUCGGGAGUUGGGGUUACUCCUGUCGUGCGAAAUGAGGGAUAGGGAUGCAAGUGCCAAAGCCCAGAAGAUGAGGCAUCUCUAUGUGGUAAGAUAUGGUCAUCUGUUCAUAAAGCGACAAGUUGGGAACCCAAGGAGGAUUGUAUGUGGGAGAAACCGACAGAUCGAUGUCAUAGCAGCCUUGCACGAUGGUAUAGCAGGGGGGCACAAAGGGGUUAGUGCCACGUGCGCAAAGAUAAGUGAGCUAUACCAUUGGGAUGGAAUGCUGACUAUGGUCAUCAAGUACUGUCAGUCCUGUGUACCUUGCCAACAGAGGUUGACACAAAGGCCUGGGGAGCCUCUGCACCCCAGGUUGGAAAGGGAAGUGGGUGCAGUCGUACACUUGGACUUAUUGUUCAUGCCCCUCGGGGAGGAUGAAAGUAACUAUAUCUUCGACGCGCGGGACAACCUUACCGGGUUUGUGGACGGCCAGGCUAUUCGUACGAAAACUGGCCCAGUUUUAGCGAGGUGCAUCAAAGAAUACUACCUGCGCUAUCCAUUUGUCAGAGAGUUUGUGAUGGACCGGGGGUCGGAGUUCACUUGUAACGAGGUGCGGACCUUGCUUGCAGGGUAUGGCGUGGUAGCAAAUUACACUACUGCCGCGCACCCCCAGGCAAACGCGCCUGUGAAGAGGGGGCAUAGUACCAUCACGAAUCUCCUGGCCAAAUGGACGGAAGGGAAGCCUAACGAAUGGCCGAAAUUCCUGAGAGCAGCAUUCUUCGUGGAAAAUGUUACAGUGAAAAGGACUACUAAGUAUGCGCCAGUCACGCUAUGGUACGAAAGGCAUGCCACCUUUCCCAUAGAAAGCUUCAUGAAGACGUGGAGGCGCCAGCAUCUGGAAGUGAACCUGUCCUUUGAGGAGCUGCUCGAUAUACGGGCGCGGCAGGUGGGGGCCGCAGAAGAAAGGCUGAGAGAGGCCGCUGGUCAGGUGGAAAGAAGUCGUAUGGAGGAGAAGAUGAGAUGGGACCAGAUGACCCGAAUAAGGAAGGAUCCGCUGAAGGUCGGAGAUGUGGUGCUGCUGUAUGACUCCUCGUUGGAAAAGCAAUGGUCUAGGAAACUCGACAAACGAUGGCUGGGACCCUAUAGAAUCGUGCGAUGUGGCGAGUUUGGGGCCUACCAAAUCGAGGAGCUUGAUGGUGCAGGAUGGCAGGACUGGGUAUCAGGGACAAGACUAAAGAAGUUCGUGGCCAGGGAAUAGGUAAGGGGCCAUGAGACCUCGUUAGGAAUAGAGUCUUGCCUAGGCUUUACCCAG